AUGAACCCCACCGCUCACCGCCCGGUCCCCGGCUUCACCAGCCUCCGCAGCGGCGCCACCUGCUUCUUCAUCUCCAUCCUCCUUCUCUACUCCAUCUACUCCUCCACAUUCAUCAUCAGCAGCACCAAGCACGACGACGACGACACUCUCAACUGCCCCCUCCAACCCCUCUCUGCCAAGCAAAACUUUCAACAAUCCGACAACAACAAACCCUCCCCUCCCCCUCCUCAGAACACCACCCCCUCCCCCUUGGAGAUCAAGCAUGUCGCGUUCGGCAUCGCGGCCUCUUCCAACCUCUGGAACAAGCGGAAGGAGUACAUCAAGCUGUGGUGGCGGCCGGAGGAGACUCGUGGGGUGGUGUGGCUCGACAACAAGGUCACAAUCUCCGAGGACGAAUCCAAGCAGCUUCCUGAAAUACGGAUCUCUGAAGACACAUCGAACUUCAACUACUCCAACAAGCAGGGGAGGAGAUCUGCUCUGCGGAUCUCCAGGGUGGUCUCGGAGACGCUGAGGCUGGGGAUGAAGGAGAUCAGGUGGUUCGUCAUGGGGGACGAUGACACGGUGUUCGUGGUCGAGAAUGUGCUCAGGGUGCUCUCCAAAUACGACCACAACCAGUUUUAUUACAUCGGGAGCUCCUCUGAGAGCCACGUCCAGAACAUAUUCUUCUCGUACGCCAUGGCCUACGGCGGAGGGGGCUUCGCCAUAAGCUACCCGCUCGCUAAGGAACUCGAGAGGAUGCAGGAUAGCUGCAUCCAACGCUACCCGGGAUUGUAUGGCAGCGAUGACCGCAUCCACGCCUGCAUGGCCGAGCUAGGCGUCCCUCUCACCAAAGAACCUGGCUUUCACCAGUACGAUGUGUAUGGAAACCUACUGGGGCUGCUGGGGGCUCACCCAGUGGCUCCAUUAGUAUCGCUCCACCACUUGGACGUGGUGGACCCGAUAUUCCCGGGGCUGAGCAGGGUGGAGGGGCUGCAGAGGCUGCUGGAGUCAGUGGAGAAGGACUCCUCCAGCAUAAUCCAGCAGUCGUUCUGCUACGACAAGGACAAGUACUGGAGCAUAUCGGUGUCGUGGGGGUUCGUGGUUCAGGUGAUGAGAGGCAUCAUAUCGCCCCGAGAGCUGGAGAUGCCAACCAGAACCUUCCUCAACUGGUACAAGAGAGCAGACUACAAAGGCUACGCCUUCAAUACGAGGCCGGUCGCCCGCCACCCCUGCCAGAAGCCAUUCCUCUUCUACCUCUCCUCCCUCACCUACGACCACAAGCGAAGACAGAUAGUAGGAGUGUACUCCCGCCACAACGAGUCCCACCCUUACUGCCGCUGGAAGAGCGACUCUCCUGACAAGCUCAACACCGUUAUAGUCUUGAAAAGGUCAGACGGCGACAGGUGGCUCAGGUCGCCGAGAAGGGACUGCUGCAGGGUUUUGCCGUCGAGAAGGGUUUCGGUUAUGUAUUUAUGGGUGGGGAAUUGCAGAUCAGGUGAGAUUAACGAAUUGUAGUAUUUCAACAUUAAUCAGCAUUCAACUUUUAAUGCCUACAGAAGCAAUCAACUGCA